AUGGGAAAAAGUAAAAAAGAAAUUAAUGUAAAGGAUUUGAAAUGGAAGAAAGUUGAUAUUGGUGAUGCUUUAGACGAUUUCAAUGGAUUUUAUGGAUUAGAGGAAAUAGAAGGUGUUGAUGUUAAGAUUAUUAAUGGUCAAGCGCAUUUUUAUUCUAAAGAUGAAGAAAUUGAUUUGAAUAAAAUAGGCAACUAUGAUAGUGAUAAAGAUGUAGAUGAAGAUGAUAAUGACAAUGACAAUGAUGAAGGGUAUAGUGAAGGUGAAUUGAUUGAGUUUAAAAAUUUUGAUGAUAUUAAAGAAGGUGAGUUGAGUGCUGUAUCGACCGAUGAUGAGCAAGAGAAGGAAAAUAAAGAUGGUAUGAAUGAUGAGGCAGGUGUUGACGAAAGUGAAUAUGAAAGUGCAAACGAUGAAUUAACCAUAAAUGUAUUCACUUCAAAUAUUAAUUUAAAUGAUGUUGAUAUGGAAUUACCCGAAUGGACAAAGAUUGAUUCUUCUUUAUCUAUGACCAUCUUACAAGGUCUUUCUAAAUUAGAAUUUUCAAAACCAACAGAGAUUCAAGCUAAAGCCAUCCCCUAUGCAUUAAAGGGAGAAGAUAUUAUGGGUAAGGCUUCUACAGGUUCUGGUAAAACGUUAGCUUAUGGUAUUCCUAUCUUAGAAAAUUUAGUAAAAUCGUUAAAGGAGAACGAUUUUACAAGUUGUAUUGGUAUCAUUUUUACACCAACUAGAGAAUUAGCACAACAAGUUACUAGACAUUUACAAAGGGUUUCAGAGCAAAUCCUAGUAGGUGAUAAUAAAUGUGCAAUAUUGUCCUUAACCGGUGGUCUCUCUAUUCAAAAACAAGAGAGAUUAUUGAAUUAUAAAUGUAGUGGUAGAAUCAUUGUUGCCACCCCAGGUCGUUUCUUAGAGUUAUUAGAAAAAAAUGAUAAAAUGAUUAAUAGAUUCUGUGAGACUAAAACUUUAGUAUUAGAUGAAGCGGAUAGAUUAUUGCAAGAUGGGCAUUUUGAUGAAUUUGAAAGAAUCUUAAAAUUGUUAUGCCAAAGACGCCAGAAGAAGUAUAGUAGGAAAUCCUAUUGGCAAACAAUGAUUUUUUCCGCAACAUUUUCCAUGGAUCUAUUCAGUAAGUUAUCUUCAAAUCAAUCGUUAAAUAAAUUUAAAAAUAACAAAAAUAGCAAAAAUUACGAUGAAUUGGAACUCGUCUUAAGGUAUUUGAUGAACAAAAUUCAUUUUAAAUCUAAGCCAAUUAUUAUUGACACAAAUCCAGAAGAUAAAGUUAGUUCACAAAUCAAGGAAUCUUUGAUUGAGUGUGCAUCUUUAGAACGUGAUUUAUAUGUUUAUUAUUUCUUAAUGAUGUACCCAGGUCAAACAUUAAUCUUUUGUAAUGCAAUUGAUUCAGUGAAAAAAUUAAACAGUUUCUUAAACUUCCUUAAAGUUUCAUCAUUUCAAAUUCAUUCAUCAAUGACACAAAAAAGUCGUCUGAAGAAUUUAGAAAGAUACCAAAAACAGGCACAUCACAAUAACGUUCUAGGUAAACCAACUGUUUUGAUAGCUAGUGAUGUUGCUGCUAGAGGGUUGGAUAUCCCUGGAAUCCAACAUGUAAUCCAUUACCAUCUACCUCGUACUGCAGAUGUAUAUAUACAUAGAUCUGGUAGAACAGCUCGUGGCUCAAAUGAAGGUGUCUCUGUUAUGAUUUGUUCACCACAAGAAGCAAUGGGACCAUUAAGAAAAUUACGUAAAUUAUUAUCAAAUGAUAAGAAAAUUGUUAAAAAUAAGAAAUGGCAAAAGACUGUUCCAUUAAUGCCCAUUGAAGUCGAUGUGGUGAAUCAAUUAAGAGAACGUCAUGAAUUGGCCACUCAACUAGCUGAUCAUGAUAUUGCAUCAACAUCACUUCAUAAAGAUGAUAAUUGGCUAAAAAAGGCAGCGGACGAUUUAGGAAUUGAUGUGGAUUCAGAUGAUGAAAUCAGGGAUGUAUUUUUAGCCAAGAACAAGACAAAGAAACUAAAUAAAACUAUGAGUAAAGAAGAGGUGAAAUAUGCCAAAGCUCGAUUGAAUGAGUUACUAAAUGAACCAAUUCGUAAAGAUCGUAGAAAGAAAUAUUUAACUGGGGGAUUAGUUAAUCUUGCAGAUGAUUUAGUUAAGAAGAGAGGACAUGAUUCGAUCGUUGGUCACCAUAAAGUUGAUGCAUUAGAAGUAUUAAAAAAGAAAAAACCAAAGAUUUAA